GCUUUAGUACGUGUGCUGACUUUGUUGAGUGUGGACGAUAUUUCGUUUGAAAUUGUGUUGAAGCAAUCGUUGCAUCAGUCAUGUCAUUCAAUCGUAGAAAUUAUUGGGUGGAUGUUAAAAUUUGGAACAAAUAAAAUGGAAGCAAAUCGCCCAGUAACCUUUUAUGAACUAAAUGCUGCGCAAUUGAACAAUAUGGACAAUGUUAUAAGUGAAUUUAACAAUAAAAUCCAACAAUCACGUCAACUAAUCGAUGAAAAUGGCAUAGCUGUAGAGAUAUUCAAGAAUAACUUUGAAAACAAUGUUCAACAAUCCAAACAAUAUGCACAACAAAUUGAAAAAUUGAGAGAGGCUCCACAAACAAUUGAAGUAAAGAAUCAAAUAGAUGCAUUGGUUGUUGUUGCAAAUCAAAUUUGGUUACACAUUACACAAGAAAGUGAUCCGAUUUUAGCUUCAAUUCAAAUUGUUGUCAGAUUGUUGCACGAUGCCCAACAAAUUCUAAUUGAUAAUCGUUUGAGCCAGUGGAAAUAUGAUCAAAUUUUGGCUGGAUAUGGUGAUGGAAAUACUGGAACGUCAUCUAAUAUACAAGAUAAAAAUCCACAGCUGAAAUUUGCACUUGAUGUUAUUCAACAACAAUUCGAAGCAUUAUUUGAUUGUUGUUUAAAAACUCGCAAAUUGUUGGAUAUCAUUCGAGGCUGCUAUAGCCAAGCAAAUUAUACUAAUAAUUUUGAAAAGGAAGCCACUCGUGUUAUCAAAUUUAUUCUACAGAAACUGAUUGGCUCUUGCUUCAUUGUAGACGAACAACCGCCGCAAGUUAUCAAAAAAGAUACGAGAUUUGAAGCUAAUGUUCGGCUACUUUUACCCAGUUACACUAAUACCAUCACGGAAAUCAAGCCACGGGUGAUUGUUUCGAUUUUAUCGGAAUUACAGACCCGUAGACAAUUGCAGCAAUUGCCACGCCCAAAAGAAGAAAAACCUACGGGUGAAAUGGUUAUGGAUGAUUGCGUUUUAGAGAAAAGUCCAUGGCACAAGCAUCGUUACAUAUGCCAUUUAAGGAAUAUACAACUGAAGAAAAUCAAACGAACCGAUAAAAAAUCCUCCUCAAGUGUGAUGGAUGAAAAGUUUUCCAUGCUCUUUGAAACAACAUUACAAAUUUGCAACAUUCCGGUCAAUGUUUCGACAACGUCAUUGCCAAUGACGGUUGCAGUGCAUGGAAAUCAAGAGCAUGAAGGUUGGGCCACAAUCACAUGGGACAAUUCAUUUUUUGAGAUCGGUCGAAUGCCAUUCGUCACACGUGGCAAAGUGCCGUGGUCGCAUAUGGAAUGGGCUCUAAGCAAGCGAUUUGAAUAUCAAACGGGCUGCACUUUAACCGAAGAACACUUACAAUAUUUGUAUGAAAAGAUUUUCGGCCUGCUCCCAAAGCAAGGUCGUUCAAUUUCAUGGGAAAAAUUCUGCAAGGAUCCAUUGCCCGAUCGAAGUUUUUCUUUUUUUACUUGGUUCUACGAAGCAACAAAACUAACGCGAUUGCAUCUCAGCAAACAAUGGAACAAAGGUUUCAUCCAUGGUUUCAUUAGUAAAUGUAAAACCGAAGAAUUGCUUCGCACCUGUCCUGCAGGCACAUUCUUGCUACGAUUCUCUGACAGUGAACUUGGUGGCAUUUCGCCAGCUUGGGUUCAACGCAAUGCUGACGGAUUAACGGAAGUCAAAAUUUUGCAACCAAUUACUAACAACGAUUUUGACAAUCCGAAACAAACCAUUGGUGAUAUUGUCAAAGAACUCGCUGAUUGUACCCAAUUGUAUCCCAAUACACCAAAUACGUGUCCAAUUCCAAAGGAAACGGCAUUCAGUGAAUAUUAUACACCAAUCGUUAAACCUACCAAUGGAUAUGUUCCAAAACAUCGUCAAUUCGUAACGAAAUCUGAGAAUAGGUCAAUCCCAAGCCCUUCUCCUUCAAACAUUGGUUCGCCAAACAGCCUUUCUCAGAACAGCCCACCAAAUUGGCAAACACCAAAUCCCGGUUGGCUAAUCUCAUCACCAAAUGCGGCACAAUCUCCACAUUCAGCUUCAAACCCAGAUGAUAACGAAUCGAAUAUCAUGGUUUUUGAUCAAUGUGAGCUGGAUGAUGAAGUGAUGAGCAUUUUAAAUCAAGCCCUUUCUGGAAUUAUUCCAUCAAUUAUUCCAUCAAAUGAAACUAACUCUAACUCACCGUUCAGUGUUCAAAAUUGCCACAUUAUGAGGAAUAAAUAUAUGGAAAUGAAAAAUGUAUCACAAAACAAUAUGAACCAAUCAAAUGAAAUCGAUGCUAAAAUUUCGGCAUUAUGUAUUCUUAUCAGUACGUUUAUGCAGUGGUGCAAUGGACCAAUUGAACAUGAACCUGCUGAAAUGUUCACAAUAAUUGAAAACAUUGUUAACCAACUGGUAGAAAUACAAAAUAUGGUGAUUCAACGAUUAGAUCAGUUGAAACGUGAUCAAUAUCUAAGUGCUAAUCAAUUACCGACGCCAUUUGAAGUGAAACCCGAUAAUAAAGAACUCGAUCAAAUGCAAAAUUGGUUUAAUAAACUUUUUGCCGGUAUCAUAAGUGUGUGUCAAAUAAUCGAUAUCGUUUGCAUUACUUACAUUCAAAGGAAGAAUUUCGAUAAAAUUAAACUUGAAGUGCUUCAUGAUAAAGUGCUAAAUCUCCGGAAAAAACUGAUUUCAUCGAGCCUCGUCAUUGAAAUGCAACCGCCACAAGUUAUUCAGAAGGAUACAAGGUUUGGUGCAACUGUGCGUAUGCUAAUCACCGAGUUCGGCAACACUUCGAAUAGACCAAAUAUCAGCGUUUCCAUACAAACGGAAGCACAGGCAUUGACACAGCUGAACCAAUCGAUGCCAAUACCCGAAGAUUCGGGCAGAAUUUCGCAGAAUGUCGUACCAUUUGAAAAGGACAAGCUCGCUUUGAAGUGUAAACUGAAAAGAAUGAUGAUUAAAAAGGUCACACGAUCCAGUGAGGAGGCAUCUAUGACUGACAAAAAAUACGUGCUAACAUUUCAUUCGAAAUUCGAAAUUGGCGACACUCAGAUUGAUAUUUGGACGAUGUCGUUGCCAAUUGUGGUAGUUGUUUUUGGGGCUCAAGAGCCUCAAGCUUGGGCUACUAUUACUUGGACCAAUGCGUUUGCUGAAACUGAUGAUAAUCCAUUUUCAACCGUCGAUAGCGUUACAUGGCCUAAAUUAGCGUCAGUUUUGAACACCAAAUUCGAAUGUUAUGUUGGUUCUCCUUUGGCGUACGAAGAUUUCCGUUAUUUGUAUGCAAAGAUUUUUGGAACAACCGAAAUCAAUGCAGACGCUACGGUUUCAUUUGCGCAAUUCUGCAAAAAUAUGUUGCCAGAUCGAAAGUUUACAUUUUGGGACUGGUUCUAUGCGGUAAUUAAAUUAAGUCGAGAUCAUCUGCGUGAACCGUGGAUGGAGGGGCUUGUUACUGGUUUCAUCAGCAGGCCUCACACUGAAGAAAGACUGACUAAUUGCCCACCCGGAACAUUUUUAUUGCGAUUCACCGACACUUUUCUCGGUGGGAUUUCGGUUGCCUAUGUCGAGCUUCAACCGGAUGGAAAACCAAGAGUCGCCCACCAGCAACCAUUCAUUAACGAAGAUUUUCGAACUAAUUUAAUUGGUGAUCUAAUCGUAAAGACAAAGGCGUGCACCCAUCUUUAUCCCGAUAUUCCAAAAGAACAGGCAUUCGAAAGGUACUGCACGAAAAAAAGUAGGCAUAUGUAUUCAACUCAUCAAGUAUGGCGUCGCAGAUAAUUCACAUUGGAAUAAGGAGAAUGUUUAAAUCAGUAACAAUUGUCACUUCCCACCGUUUUUGUCAAGUAAAAUGUUCAUUUGACACAACGCUACUAAAUAUCCGCUCCGUAGACAAGUAAACAGUGGCUGUAGAUAAGCUUAUAGGACGAAAAUUUGAAUACAGGAUUAAUUUUUAAGUACUGUAUAAGCAUAUCUUAAGAUAUUUAUAUCUGAAUCGAAUUUGUUUAUGAUUUGUGCUUGCUUGUAAUUACCUAUUUCAAUAAGUCCAAAUUGCAUAUUAAUAUACUUACAUUUUUAAGAGCCAACGGUAAAGUUCCUACUUUUUAUUCGUAGAAAAAUAAAAUCGAAAAGAUGUUCUAGAGAAAAUUGCAUCCAAAAAGGGUUAACUUCAAUCAAAUAAUAUAUAUGUAUGCAAAUCACUUCAGAGUAGUAAAAUCAAUUGUCACAUGAGUGAAAAGAAGUAAAGUCGUUAUCAGUCCAGAUCAAACAGCUAAUUUAUAUUGUAAUUUCAAUCAAUAAAUAUGUCAAGCCAUAGUAAAUUUA